AUGGAGCACAAGCUAUCAGCAAAAGCAAUCAAAAUCCGCCAUCGUCUGACCUUCACAAGAAGCAGCUCCGCACGAGGUACAGCAUCAACACUAGUCUCGCCCAUUGAGACCAAUCCAUCGAACAGCCGUCCCCGAACGGCGCCAAAUCCCGAGUCUCCCACCCAAGACGAGCCAACAUGGGAUCUCAGUGACCCCGAUUCCAACCGAGGCUACAGUUUCACAGAUGACCCAGGCUACUUCCGCCCUGUAUCGCCGUUCAUUGACCGCCAAGAGAUCGAAGAUGACCUCGAAGAUGAUAUCAAACAUGCAUGCGCCAUGCUAUCUCAUAACAUUGAUCGUGGCAUUCCAACCGUAUUAUCCCACCGGAGCGCCGUGCCAGUCUGGACGAAUGCACAAAAUCCCGCUGGUCAGCCUAGUGUCGAUGCAGCGCCUCUAUCUUUAGAACAUCAUGUUAUUCUCCUAUCGGCGCCCAAACCAAUCAACCCCGAAACAGAGAACACCCCGAAACAUGAUUCCGGCGUCGGUAUGAGCUUCAAUUCUCCCAGCCAACUAGGGAGACCAUACGACAGCAGCGCAUCGGGCACAAAUACCUCAACCCGGUUCUAUAACAAACAACCCCCCGCCUCACCACCACACAGCCUAUCAGCAGGAUCCCACUCCCGGAGCCAGAGUCUAACAACAACAUUCGAAGAAGACCAAAGAAAGCGAGCCUACUCAUCAAGCCCGGUUCCCUUCCCAUACAGUCCUCCCCAGCUCAACAGCGAGUGGAAAUUUGAGCCAAUGACGCUCGACAGCCCACUCAGUGAAACCGACCCUCAGCCCGAAGCUACUGAGUCUGAGCUCAAGACAAAGCCACAGACCGCACGUGCUGACAGAAAUGAGAACAAAACUGAGACAUUCUCCCCAGCCAUUUCCCCACCUCUCGGCGGAGUGGAUAGGAAUUGGCUUCGGUCUAGCCGAGACAUCCAACGCCAAUUCGAAAAAAAAGCGACAACCCAAGCCAAAGAGACAAAGCCAGUGAUCCGCUUCUACAGUUCCUAUAACCAAACAACAGGGGAUUUCAACUCGCGUGAAUGGCCAACGAAGAAUUUCUGGGAUCGGGAUCCGAGUGUCUACAGCGAAGACUCACUAGCUUUACCACUGGCUGGAACCUCAUCGAGAUCAGAAACAGGAAACCCCGGAUUGGGUACUGCUUCGACGAAUGAGGAAGAGUUGCCUGGCGAAUACCCGUACCAUACGUUUGCCGGGUCCAGCGGGAUGUCUUACUCGUCUUCUUGUUUGGGGAAUGAGAUUAAGCAACAGGGCCGUGUUUACUCGGUUGAUGUGCCCGGUUUUGCACCUAAAAAUAACCGGCGGAAGAAGGCUUCGCUUUUGUUGAGGAAGUUGGCUGGGCUGGGGAUGAAGAGGAAGGAAAAUGACGGGAAUGGAGUCUGCUGA